GUACCGCAUGCUUCCGGAUCACCACUACCCUUCCAUUGUCCGAGACUGCCUGAACGCCUCCAUUCACUUCCUGAAGGCCCUGAAAGGCUAUGAUGUGGACCCCUCCCGGGUUGUCACCUGCGGAGACAGCGCUGGAGGAUGGGUUGCUGCCCUGAUCACCCAGACCUUGGUGGGCAGAUCAGAUCUUCCCCGAAUCCGGGCUCAGGUCAUGAUGUAUCCGAUCGUCCAGGCGGUCAAUCUGCAGUUGCCGUCUUAUCAGCAGAACCAAAAUGUCCCAUUUUUCUCCCAGAAGUUCAUGCUGACAUGUCUGUGUAGCUAUCUGGCCAUUGACGAAUCCUGGAAGGAAGCCAUCCUGAAUGGUGCUUAUAUACCCCCGGAUGCCUGGAGGAAGUACAGGAAGUGGGUCAGCUCUGACAACAUCCCCCAGAAAUUCAAGAACAGAGGCCACCAACCCAGGUCUCCCAGUCCUUUUAAUGAGGCUGCCUAUCUGGAAACCAAACAUAUUUUGGAUGUAGAAAUCUCACCCCUAUUAGCGGACGAUGAGACCAUCGCUCGGCUUCCUGAGGCCUUCCUGGUGAGCUGUGAGAAUGACAUCCUCCGUGAUGACACCUUGCUCUAUAAGAAACGCUUGGAGGACCAGGGGGUGCCUGUGACAUGGUACCAUGUGGAGGAUGGCUUUCACGGAUGC